UAUCAAUAAACAAUGUAAUGAAUAGCAGUGGUCGAAAGCGUUCUAAGUUUCAGCUUUUAUGCCAAAUGCUUCACAGUAGGUAAUACGACAUAUAUCCAGUAGUUAGGAGACCAAGUUGUUGACUGUAGCUAAUGAGCACCUUGAAAUUUUUACCGGGGAGCAUCCCGUCGAGCGCCACCCCUAGAUUUUUGGCAACGGGGGUCCCAUACUUCUCCUCGAGCUCUCUCGGAUUGGUUUCUGCCUUGUCCCAUAAAAAUCCAGAAGUAAUUGUUGUCAACUGGGAGAAAUCGAGAAUUCCUCAACAUGUUUUCAGCGGGAUGAAGGAGAUGAAUAUGGCGGUGAGACAUGCAGAGAAGCAAAUACCUCCGGGUCCUCACUGGAAAUUUUGCUACAAGACUAUUCGCAACGAUUUCACAAUCAUUGCCCUUAUCCUUCAUCAAUUCGAUCUAGAUCUUCGUAAUGCUGUAUGCGUUCUCUAUUUGUACCUUCAUACACUUGACCACAUUGAGGAUGAUACAAGCAUAGCCACCGAGAUUCGAGUACCUAUUCUGAUGGACUUUCACCAUCACAUAUAUGAUCGUGAAUUGCUUUUUGCAUGUGGUACCAAGAACUACAGAGUUGUCCUGAACAGGUUCCAUCAUGUUUCCACUGCUUUUAUGGAUCUUGGACCCAGUUAUCAGGAGGUUAUUGAGGAUGUUAUUAAGAAGAUGGGUGCUGGAAUGGCAAAGUUUAUUUGCAAGGAGAUAGAAACAAUUGAUGAUUAUGAUGAAUACUGCCACUAUGUAGCCGGACUUGUUGGAUUAGGGUUGUCAAAGCUAUUCCAAGCUUCUGGAAGAGAAGAUUUGCCGCCUGGUACUUUCUUUCACGCAUCAUCUGUAUUUCUUCAGAAAGCCGACGUUAUCCUAGACUAUCUGGAGGAUAUCAAUGAGACACCGAAACCACGAAUACUAUGGCCUCGGCAAAUUUGGAGCAAGUAUACUGAUAGACUUGAGGACUUAAAAUAUGAGAAGAACUCCAUCCAGGCACUACACUGCCUGAAUGACAUGGUCACAAAUGCGUUGAUACAUGCUGAAGAUUGCCUAAAGGACAUUUCUGCUGUGCGAGAUCCAGUUAUCUUUCGGAGUUUUGCAGGAGUGCAGGCUGCAGCUAUUUGGAUAUUAGCUUGGUGCUACAACAACAUUCAAGUCUUUAGAGGCGUUGAGACAUUGACACAUGGUCUUACUCCUGAACUUGUUGAAGGGACCAAAACAAUCUCAGAUUUCCAUCGGCAUUUUCAUAAAUGCACUUGCAUGCUGAAAUCUAAGAUUGAUGACAGUGAUCCCAAUGCUGCAAAAACGAGGGACAGAUUAGAAUCAAUCUUGAAAACUUUAGAGGGACUCAAAACUGUUAAAACAGAAGGCGGUUAGCUUCAUAGAGUUCCUACCAUUUUAUUUUUUCAAUGUUUUACUAACUUGUUGUUCCUCCAGGACACAAUUCAUAAUAAGAAGUGAUCCCAGAAACAAUUCCACGAGGUAAGUGUUUGACUAGGCAUUUCUCUCACUCUCUCAAUUCAGUCGAAAUUUUCUCAUUCUAUAUGUAAUGUUACAGAUUUUUCUCAUCUUCAUCAUACUGGACACUAUUCUGCCUGUCAUGACUGUAUUUUAUAUGCAAAUUUUUCACAAAUGAUUUUUGUCCUGUUUGAAUAUGAGAUUUUAUUGAGAAAAAAUAAAAGGGGAAAAUGAAAUUGCGUUAUCUUUCAAAACAAAUGUCAAUAAAAUUUUUAUAAAUGUAGUUGAGUACCACAAAUAACCAAAAGAUAUACAUGUGAAGUUUGCAAAUGUCUUUACUUUUGUUUGUACAUUUUCCUUUGAAAUUGAAGGGUGUUAUUAACUGACAAAUAUUUUUUGUAAUUAUGUCUAGUGCCGGAAUAGUUUCACCUUAAUUUCCUCAGUUGAAUCUAGGAUCAAAACAGCAUUGGUAACUGCUUUACAAAUGGUUUUCUGUCUCCUUUUGCUGAUACUUUGUUGUUCUUGCAGGAUUAGUUUCAGUUUCAAAAGCGCCUUCUUAUCAGCUAAUUCCUAGAAUUAUUAAAUGCUGAUGUUUGAAUCUUUCUGCAUUUAAGUGUCCAAGUGAAUGUACAAACUCUUACAGAAGCUUGUGUAUUCGCACAUUAGUCCAUUCUAUUUGACUUUACGCCAGAUUGUGAACACGUUGUAGUAUCGACGGCUAAUAUUGAACUUCAUUUUAUGCUAUUAUUAUAUUUUUAAAUUUAUUACAUCUGCUCUUUUUUUC